AUGAUCAAGUGUAGAACACUAGAGCUAGUGAGACAGAGAAACACAGGGGAUACGCGAGUCAAUGAAAAAUGUGCUGGAUUAGAUUGUGGAUUUAUUAAGCGAAACUUGGAGAAGUUGGAGAAUUCUGUUAAUGAAUAUGACAGAUUACUUAAGAAGGAGAAUCUCCCAUGUUUCAGUGAGAAUAGUGCACGAAUUGCCAGGAUUGAAGCAACUAAAUCCAAUAUUGAUCAAAUUCAUCAGAGUAUCAGAAAUGAAAUAUCAGAGUUUGCUACAGAAAUCAGUUACAGAAGUAUCAGAGUGAUAUUCAUUGAAUAUUUCACACAGCAGCUUGAACGAGCAAUGAUUCGAUAUCGAAACAUCAUCAGGGACAACAUUCAUAGAACAAGUUCCUUUGAGAUUCUCAACAGUGUCAAUAGCCCAACAGCCACAUUUGAUAACAACAUGUUUGAACUACAACUCAAAACCAAUUCAAAUGAACUGAUCAACCAGAGUCUUCUAAACAUCUCCAACACAUUGGCAGAGAUGAAGAUCAACCUGAAGGAGCAGUCUCUUUCAAUUGAUUCACUUGAUCGCUACUUUGAGAACACAAAUCGAUAUUUGGAUUUGGCGAAUGAAGAAAUCAGAAAAAUACCAAAGCGAUUUGUUAGAUUAAAAGACAAGGCAAUCAAAUUGCUGAUUAUUGUGAUAUGCUGCAUGCUAGGAGCAUUGUUGAUGAAGGAGUGGGAGAAGAAUAGCACCUUUAGAAAUAGUGAAACUAUUAAUGAGCCUGAUGAAGUCACAGAAUCAAGAGAAGCCUCUAUUUCUUCUUGA